UGACAACAACAUGGCGCCACUGUUUAUACCGGUUUAUGCACGUGUUAGCAGUGGGUGGGUGUGCACCGUGAUAUAAAGGUCGAAGAUGGAUGAGAGGGUCGCGGCCGCGCAGGGGAUUGACUGGGGAGGGAGUGGAGCUGAAGAGGACAUGUCUGAUCGGGACAAACCCUUAUCAAAGAGUGUCCACACUGAUCUUCCUCUGCCCCUCUCCUGUCCUGUGAAAUGCACACUGAUCAAAGGGGACUAUCUCUACUUCCAUUAUGGCUGCGAUGGACAAGAUGACAGAGGCUGGGGAUGUGGCUACCGCACCGUCCAGACGAUGGCCUCCUGGAUCUGCCACAACUUGUCUCCACCGAAGCACCAGAGCAGACCCCCACCCAGCCUCCCAGAGGUCCAGCAGGCCUUGGUGACCAUGGGGGACAAGCCGGGCUCCUUCUCGGGCUCCAGGGAGUGGAUCGGAACUUUCGAGGCCUCCCUGGUUCUGGACUAUUUCUAUGACGUCCCCUGUAAGUUGGUGCACAUCAGGGGUGGAGAGGCACAGCUGGAGCAUGUCGCAACGGAGGAGCUCCAUCAGCACUUUGAGAAGCAUGGGUCUCCGGUCAUGAUGGGCGGGGACAGGGACAAUUCCUCUAAAUGUGUAGUGGGGGUGUGCACCGGGGACACGGGGAGUCACUUGCUAGUCGUUGACCCUCACUACUAUGGACGUCAGCUGGAGAAGACAGAGCUGCAGAGACGAGGGUGGGUGGUGUGGAGAAGGGUGUCCUCUUUGGACCAGAAUUCUUUUUAUAAUCUGUGCUUGCCUCAGACUGCCAGAAAACUAACGUAAACUGGAUGGCAGACCUAUGACACAAACAAAGUAGUUGUUAUUUGUGUGGAUGAACGACAACAAAUCCGGGGAUUUUAUCAUCUAGGUGCCAUAGAAAGUGUCAAGACAGUUUAUGUGUUGUCAGUAUGUAUGUUGACAAGGAGCUGCAGCGCCACCCUGUGGAUAAAGUUUGAGCAUGUUUUGGUGUGGUGAUCAAUUUAUUUUUCAAAAUAUAAUAUCACGUUGAAUCCCAGAUCUUCUUCGAUACAUAUACAGUGUCUCCCUCACUGGUUUUUCCUUUUGUAUCAAAACUAAAUACAUUUCUGGGUUGAUUUUCAUUACUUCAAAUUCUUUCCAUUUUGUAAGUUUGAAGUUGAGGAGCCAGAUGAUUAAAAAUGGACUAGAUGCCAUCAGUAUUUACUUCAGUCAUUGUAAACGUAGGAAAAAAAUCUUUUGUGACUGUAUUUAUUAUUAUAGACUGAUUUAAAAUAUAGGACACGAUGGUGGAUGUCCCUUGUACGUUGUGGGACAUUCAUCAUCUUGUGCUAUAUUCGAAACACUGGCUUUUAUUGUACAUUUAAUUUAACUUUUGACCAUCAGUUAAUUGCAAAAAGUACUAAAGAUUCAAUUGUUCCAGCUUCACAAAUAUGAGGAUUUUAGGCCUUUUCAUAAAUAAAUUAAAAUCCACAUUUUGUAUACAUCACCUUUGCUUUCCGGGACAUUGCAAUGGAUGUGAUUUUAUAAUAAAA